AUGAGUAAUGAAGAGUACAUUAUUGAUAACUUAAUUACAGAAGCUCGUUUCUUUAUUGAUCACAAGGACGAUAAUGAAACAUUUCUAAGUCAGGGAUAAGAUUGCAUAGAUAAGAUCAACUAAAUACUAAAGAAAAAUAUUAGAUCCUCUUUUCUAGAUAUUUCUUAAGAAGUCAUGAUUAAGUAUUGCGAGGCUUGCCUUGUUGUGCCAGAUAAAGCCCACUUGGUUCAAUAAUAUAUAGACCUUUACUUUUAACGUAACUCUUCUUAGGGACAGUUUUACAUUAGAGCCUUGUUCAUAAAAGCAAGACUUAUAUCUAUGAAUGGCCACGACAGACUACUGAAGGCGGAGGACAUGAUCAAGAAUUUGAAAUUGUCAUUAACAUUUGUUUAAUAAGGAUUAGACAUAAUUUCGAAACCGGAAAAUAAACAAAAGUACGGGUUUCUUAUUUAUAAUGCUUCCAUUUGUGUAUAUAAUAUCAUAAGACCCAUGCUUAAGCCAUAAUGGCAAUUAUCAUUUGUGGAUAUUUUGGAUAAAAUAGAUCGAAUGUUUGAGGAAGUAGAUGAGGCUGACUAUGAUUGGAGAUGCAGAUUCACUUGGCUCUUGUUCUAUUGUUUGUAUGAUGACAGGAAGGCAGAUUCAUUUAAACUAUUGGACAGACUGUGGGAAACAACUAAAAAGAAGGGAGAUUGCGAUUUUCAGAAUUCACUAUUGAGAUUGAGAAUUCACAUUGGUAAGGAAUAUAAGUAAGCCUUGGAUUCAGCAUUCAAGGAAUCAGAGGCUGCUCCAUCAGAGAAGGCUUGGAAAUCAUUGUUUAUGCUCUAGAAGAUGAGGAGUGGUUUGAUUCCAGAGGCUUAAGUUGAGAAGGAAUUAAUAAAUUUAAUCAACUCCAUUUCAAGUGCUGUGUUGCCUGGAAAUGAAGUGGCAGCCACUAAUAAGUUGGCACCGGUAUUCUAGGAAAGAUUGGCUGAAUCAGGAAGAGUAGCAUUACAAUAUAAUUUAGUAAAUAUAGCUGAUUCAAUCACUGCAUUUUUGAGUAGAGUUCGAUAACUACACUAAAAGGCCUACAUUUUACAUGAGUAUAAUAAGGCUGAAUUAUUUAUAAAGAAAGCAGGCCCUUUGAUUGAUAAUAAGACUGGAAUGAGAUUGAAUUCCUUAUAGAUUAAAAUGCAAGAAGUGGAAAGGAGAAUUGAAGCUUUGAAAACUAUGGAGAAAGUUAUGGUAACAAAUAAAAAGUUAAAUGAUCCCGAUCUCAUCUUUGAAGGAGCUGUCUUGAUUUGGAAUAUUUCAUUGCCAUUUUUAAAUGCUCAAUAUAGAAUACAUGUAUAUAAAGCCUUUUCUAUGGCAUGUCAACUAUUGGAGUAAUUGCAAUGUGUAGAUCAUGCAUUGAGAGUGAAUUUCCACAUUGAAUUAGCAAAGAGUGAUUUAUAAGAGGAUUUAGCAGUGAAAGCAGAAUAACACAUUAAAAAAGCAUUGCAAUUGGAUUACAGUGUACCAUUAGGGAAGGUGCAAUUCAAAUAUGAUGAGGGCGAAGAUUUAGGCUUAUAUUAAAGACCUUAUGAUAAGUAUUUAAGGAAUCUAGAAGAGAAGAUCAGACUAAAAUUAAAUAUUUAUUAGGAACCUAAAAAUGAUAUUGAAAGAGUUAUCACUUAAUUAGAAAAUGUGUAAGCAGCCAAAUCAGAAAAUUUAAGAAUUGAUAUUCUAUAAAAGUGUUUGGGAACCAUUGUUAAUUUGUAAGAAUAGGAAUAUUGGUAUGAUACUAAGUUGGACUUGGUUGAAGAGGAAUAAAAUAGAGAAAAAGUAUUAAAGAAAUAAGAGAAUUUAUAUUAAUUCAAAUAGAAGAAAUUGUUAGCAGCUGAGAUUGCUAGAUUAGCAUUUGAAUGGGAGUUUAAUGAUUUAGCAUUUAAAGCAUGCGAGUUUGUUUGUAAUGAUACUUGGGAUGUAAAGAAUGCAUCUGAAAUGAUACUUGCUCAAGUAGAAUGCUAAUAUAGAAUGGCAUAAAUGAUUAUAGAUAACUUAAUUAAAGAUAAUUUUGAAAUACCCUUUGCUGAUCCUAUUAGAGUAGAAGAGAAUGAAAACGUAGAAGAAUUAAGUCAAGAGAAAAAGGAUUAAGUAUUAUCUUUAAAACGAAAAAUGUGUUCAAAUUUUGUCAAAGGAUUAAAAUUAGCAGAUUCUAUCAAAUAAACUUGGCUAGUGUUCAAUGGAGCUAUUUAUAUUUGGAAUAAUUUCCUUACAAUAUUUCGUAAUCCUAUUAAUGAUAGUAAAUUAUUACCAGAAAUUACUAAUUUAUUGAAAGAAUUCUUUGAAAUAAUGAAGAAUUCACUAAAAGAAAUUGAAAAAAAACUAAUAAAUGAUUAUGACAUUGAUACAAAGAUUUAAGUCUUAGCUAAUAUAGGUUUAGUGUAUGCAAGAUUGAUGGAAGGGAAGUCUUAAUAUGAGGAGGUUAUGAGGGUUUGUGAAGCUCUACUUUUAACUCCUCUUUCACCCCACACUCGUAAAUUGAUUAACUCAAUUAAGGCCAGAGUGUCUGGAACAGCUAAAACUAAUGCUGCUAAACCUGGAACUUAAUAGGAUAAAAAGGGCACUAAACAACCAUAAUAAUCAUCGUCCGAUAGUGUUAUUUUUGAUGUUGUUUCAUAAUUAGAAAUCAUUCAAAAUUCAACCAAUAAGGCUCAAACAUAAGAUCUGAUUAAGAAAUGCUUUGAAACACUUGUUAGUUGGACAGCAAAAGAAAACGAUGAAACUGAACUGGAAUUGCAUGCUGAAUUAUGGGCUAGAUUGGCAAGGUUAGCAUUGAAUGAAGAGACUAUUUUAAUGUAUAAGUAUUCAUUAAGGUGUGUAUAAUAUUCUUUACAAUUACUAACAGCAGACUUAUCAACUAUUCCAGCUUCUCGUUUGAGAUGGUAUUCUUUGGCUGAAUACAUAUAUAGUGAAAAUCUAUUAAGAAUGCUUAAUUCAGAAACAUAAGAAACUGAAUCUUAAGAAUCCUUGUUAUUUUCUAGUUUAUUUCAUGCAAUUGAAGCUGCAAAUAAAGGACUAAAAGCUGGUAUUAAUAGUUUAGUUUUGGAUGCAUCAAAAUAAGUAUGGAAUUUAUGUGCUCGAUUAGAAGAGAGUGCUUAAAAUAGAAAACAUCUCAUUAAACCAGUCUAUUCUUGCUUGAAUUACUUGAAAGAAUGUAAGGAAAAGAGUGAACCUGAUUUAGUUUUGCUGUUAGCAUAAUUAUUAUUUAAAAGUGCUUUGGAAAAUGAAGAUUAUAAAUUAGGAGAAAUGGCAGCAGAUAUGGUGUUUGAAUUAAUCCCUAAGAAUAUGUCAAAACCCAUUUGGGAAGCCAAAAUGAUUUUCAUGAGUAAACAAGGUAAAAAUGAACUAUAGGCCAUCGUCAACAUGAAAGAGGCAGAUUCCUCAUUAUAAGCAAAGGUGUGGAUCAGAUUAGCAAGAGUAUCAAAUAAUCUAUAUAAAUAAUAUACAGCGUAUAAUAAGGCUAUUGAAUUGUUAAAGAAGGAUUCUUCUGUUGAAAUAGUUGAGGUGUUAAUUGAAUUUUCAGAAUGGUUGUUGAGAAACGGGAAUGAAAAACAAUUGGUGAUUGAAAAUUUAAUGUAGGCUGCAGACACUUUAAUAGAGAUUGAAAUGGAGGAAGACGAAGAAGAAGAAGAAGGAGAUGAAGAAUAGAAUUCAUCAACUAUUUUCAGUAGAAGUACGAGAGGCAAAAAGUCUACAGUUUCUAAAUAAUCAAAAUAAAAAUCAAAAAUGACCAAGAAGACUACUAAGAACACAGUUAAGUAAAAUAAAAGCAAAGAAUAAAAGUCAUAAAUAUCAGGAUAGAAAUCUAGUAAUUAAAGGUUUUCAAGAGCUGCGAAUGUUAGAACAACAACAAUCAAAAGUAAUAAAUAAAAGUCAAAAAUAUUCAAACCGAGAGAGGAGGAAGCCAAUCCAAAUAGAUUGAAUUGUGCUCAUUAUGAAAGAUUAAUGAGAAUUCACAUUAUGUUAGCAAUGAUUGCUGACACUAUGGAAUAGUCUAUUUAAUAUGCAAUAGAUGCUAAAGUAUUCUUAAUCAAAAUCAUUGAAAUAUCAUUUCAAACUAUGAAUGAAUUUGAAGAGAAUGCCGCUAAAUACACAAACAUUAUUGAUGAAAAAACAAGUAAACAACAGUAAUAACAACCAAAACCUUAACAAUAAGAUGAUUUCUCCCCUAGAUAUCUUCUACCCACUUGUAUCUAAGAUUGGAUCAAAUUAUAAUUCAGUAAAGAAUUCUUAGAAAGAGUCAAAAGUUAUGAAGAUUUUAACUUUAUGGGUAAAUACUUAUUUGACAAGGCUUAAUUAACAUAUACUUAUAUAAACAAUUUGAUUAGUAUCUUUGAAAAAUAUGGGCUUUAAAUCCACAGCGUUCCGAUUUUUGUGUUUUAGAAAUUUUUUGUUAAAGAAAUAUUAAAUAAUUCUUAUUUAGAUAGAUUAAUUGAUGUGAGAUUCAGUAAAUGUUUACAUCAAGUGGGAUUUCACAAUGAAGCAGAGUUGAUGUAUUAAUAAUCUAACAUUGUUAAAUUUAAAUUGACAGACUAAGAGAAGAAAUAAAUGCUCGCAAAAACUGAAUCUAGUGUGUUAUAACAAAAUAGAUCCAGACCAGCCGACAUUAUGGAACAAAAUCUACCUUAGGCCAACAUCAUCAGUGAGAUCUUUGUCUAUACCAUUCUGACCGAUUUAGGCAAUGAAUUAAUCUUUUCAGGUGAAAUAUAUAGAGCCAAAGAAUUAUUAGCUGAAUCUCACAAACAUGCCAAGAUUGUCUCAGAUUUAGAAUUGAUGGGAAGAAUCUUAUGUCUUUAAGGGUAAAUUGCAUUCUUAGAAGGGGAAUUCAGAGAUUCUAUUGAAAAUCACAAACUAUCCCAUAAAUUGAUUAAAAAUGUAAGCUAAUGGGAGGCUUCAUCAAUUGAAACAUAUAAGACUCUGUAUAAACUAGGGAAAUAUGACGAUAUUAGGUAAUUCCUGAAGUAAAUUACAGAAGUGCUUUUGGAAGUCCUAAAUAAACCCAAUUAUUCACCAAACAAAUUAUAGAUUUAUUAAACAUUAACGACUUUAUACAUUUUGUAAUCUAAAAUAUCAACGAAGGAUUUAUUCAAAGAAUUUUCAUAUGACAUAUUCAAAUAGAUAAUAGAGAAUUUAGAGAAAUCAUUAAAAUGCAUCAUGCAUGGCGGAUUUAUGACUCAUUAAAUAGAUCUAAUAUUAAACUUAGUGAAUAAAAUUCUCAUCUUUGUUAGAAAUAAGAAUUACACAAAAAUUGACUAAGUUGAAAUUUAUUUCAAAAUUAUAUAGAGAUUGCAGAACUCAAUCCUUAAACCUUUAGAAUAACAAAGUAGAUCCUUAUUAAAGUACACACUCCUAAUUGAAAAAGAAUCGGAAUCAAUUAGAUCCCCAAUCAUGGAUUUAUAAGCUAAGAUAAGGGUGAUAAUGGCGUCUUGUUUUAUUGAAAUGGGAUUGAUUAAGUGGUUGCGAAAAUAAAUGCAAUUGCCUGAUCUUUAAGGGUCCGACGAUGACAAUAACAACGAUUAACUAGAAGACAAACCAAUUGAACAAUUAAGCAAUUACGAACCUCUCUAGAAAUUCUUAACAUAAUUAACCAUUAAGAUAUAAAGGGCAAUCUAGCCACUUCCUUAGAGAUUGGAAAGUUUUGAGAAGGCAACUGCUGUAUUGUUAUCCACUUUGAAACAAUUGAAAAAAGAUUCAUUUUGGUAUACAAUAGCUGAGAUUGAGUUGGUGAGAGCAAAAAGAUAUCUAGCUAUAAGUAAAUAGUAAUUGGAUGAUGUUUGGGAAACACCAGUUGAAGGACAAGAUUCAGUUGUUUAAUUGUAGUAAGAGGAGGACAAUUAAUUUGAUUAUAAGACGGAUGCUUUACAAAGCGUAUUAAAAUUGAUUAAAGACAUUGAAUCAAAAGCAUUCACAGUAUUGAAAGCAAAAGGAGACAACACAACUGUCCCAUUAGAAUGGAGUAUAUUUGGAUUCAAGUAAAUGAACUUUUAUUUGAAAAUGCUCUAUGAAUCUGCCUUAGAUAUCCUGGGAAGAAAGAGUCCUGAAAUAUCUUAUGAUUAUUUAUGUAAGUUUUAGCAUUUUGCUUUUUGUGAAUAGAUGUUUAACAUGGUUAGACAAUCAUUCUUCGGAAAGCAUAAAAUGAUAGUGUAUAUUAGGUUAAUAAAGAUGAUCAAUUCUGCCUGUGGAUUUCUUAAUUAGGAGGCCAUUAAAUUAUUAACCGAGGCUAAUAAAUUAUGGGAUAAUCUGAUGAUCUUCCCAUUGACAGAACUAUAGGCGUAAGUGUAAUAGAGUGCUGGGUUUCUAAUAAUGCAGAUGAGUCAGAACAAAACGUGUUUGUACUUAGGAUAUUUACAUAACACAAAAACUCCAGUGUACAAAGUGUAAAGAAUACUAUUGGAUUCUAAAACUCAUGAUUAGUUGACUUAAAUGAAAGCCAAUUUAGAUUAGAUUAAGAAUAAUUUAAUUAAAACACCAAUAAUUCAAUAAUAGGACUUCAUCAAAUUGGAGGAGGACAUGGAAAAGGAAUACACCAAGUUUUGUGUAGAUGUGGAACAAUUUAUGAGUUUUGUGCCUCAAUUGAUUGAUGAAAAUAUAAAUACUUAAGAGGAAGUACCUCCACCUGUAAUUGAUCCUAAGGCACCUCCUCCCAAGAAAGAUUAAGGAAAGUAAACCAAAGGGAAACCAGGAAAGGAUGAAUUGGCUUAAUACGAAUCUCCCUUAGAAUAAGCACCUGGUAAGAUUGACACCAUUGUUUUAUUGAUUGAUCCUAAGUUCUUUGAUUAUCCUAUUGAACAAUUGAAGGUAUUUUAAAAGAUUGUUGCAAUGUCAAGAGAUUUUAGUAUGCCUGUGUAUGUUAGAAGACUGAAAAGUGUGGGUUUCUAAGUUUAAUUAAAUAAUAGCUCAAGAGGAAUAGAGAAGGACAAGUUGAAAUACCUCACUUACGAUUUUAAGACAGAGGAUUAGGAUUUAAAUUUGGACGAAUUUAAUUUACAAAAGACUUUAGGUGAGAUUUAAAAAACAACACCCUAACUUAAAUUUGAAGGAACUUUCUCUUAAAGUAGAUUGGCAUCUUUGGGAGAAUUGUAAAAGUAUGCUUAAACAGGAUCAUCUAUUUUCUGGUAUGGAUCUCCUGGAGUAUUGAACAUUUUGUCAUCAAAAGUAAUUGUAGAUCUAAGUGAAAUUAAUACUUCUAAAUUUUGGGUGAUAUUUGAUAAGAUGAAUGCAAAAAAAAGUUUGAUUGAAAAGUUCUCAUCUUUGGAUCCUGAUGGUGAGAAGACUCACAUUCUAGAACAGAAUUUCAAAAUCUCUGUGUUUUUGACUCUGAUUGAUGUGAGUACAAUAUUAACAACUUAAUGGUCACCUUAAAUAGUAGAAUUUUUAAAGGCAUUUGAAAAUUUGGCUAAAUAAUUAACAGAAGAUAUUUAUGUGGCAGCAUGUUUGUAAAGAUAUAAGGCUCCAAUUGUGAAGUAUUAGGAUGAGAAUGGAAAUAUAAUGGACAAGAAACCAUAGUAGGUGGAAACGAAGAAGGGAGGAAAGGUCGAACCUGUGUAAGAAAUUUCAAAUCUGAAGGAGAUUUAAUUUGAUAAAAAGAGAAUCUAUACUCACAAUUUCAUAUUCGUAGGAUUGCCUAAUUUAAGACUGAUUUGA